AUCCGCCAGCCGCCCUGUAGGAGCCUCCCCAACCUUCGGACCUGUGGGCUCUUUAAGUUUGCAACAUGUUUGGGACGGGACAGCUGGUGUCCACUCUGCUGCCCGCAGUGUUCCACUCACCUGCGGCGCACUUCUUCCCGGCGUUCCCCGCCAGACUGGGUGCUCAGGCUCCCAUCCUGAUCCCGGGACCCUUCUUCAGCUACGAGUCGCUCAGGAGUUACCUGCAGCCGGAGUUUCCCUGCAAGCAAGCCAUGCUCCUGGGCACGCAGGCAGCUGGGAUGGGCAGAUUACCUGAGUGCACAGAUGAACACAGGCCAGUGAAGCAGCGGCGGGCCCGGGCCAACUACAGCAGCUGGCAGCUGGAGGAGCUGGAGAAGGCCUUCCAGAGCACCCACUACCCGGAUGUCUUCAUGAGGGAGGCGCUGGCCCUCAGACUGGACCUCAUCGAAGCCAGAGUCCAGGUAUGGUUCCAGAACCGCCGUGCUAAGAUGAGGCGUCAGCUGAAGCUGCAGGGUCAAGACGUAAAGAAAGACAAUGAUGCUGUUUCGGAGACGUCGAGGGGCUGUCGCGGGUUGAAAACCCACACAGACAGUUCAGACGGCGAGCACGUGGAGAGACAGCUGGAAAGAGAACUUUACCCGUGGAGCCAAGCUACAGGUUCACCAGUCAGACUGAAGCCCCUGGCUAACAGGUCGGGGGGGCGCUGGGAGAGGCCAAGCUGUGAGGACCUGCGCUCCUGCAGCAUCGCCUCACUGAGGGCCAAAGCAAGAGAGCAUGAGGCCGAGAUCCACCACAGCGUGAGCGUGUCCGGCAGAGACACACCGACGAAAGACGACUGAUCCGGCUCUCUCAACAGAAACAUGGUCUCAUUUUCUUGAUAAACAUUCCACUGGAAUCCAACUUUUCGAGACAAUACACUGACGGUUCCACUAAAGAAAACACCACUGACCUUCACCGACAGACAGACAGGACGUCUGCGUGCCGCCGCACGUCCUCACAGGAAAUAGCCGACGCAUGAAUCACUAAGUAUCGAUGUCACAUGAUAAAUAGCUGCUACCUUUUUUGAGAUAAAACUUCAUGCGUGAGCGACUCUUCCCACAGAGGAACCAUCAAUCUGUGGACUUUUUAGAGGCCUGAAGUGGCAGGUAUCAUGAGUCAGCACAUUUUUU